AUGGAAUGCAACUCUCCUUUUAGUGUGUUGACUAAGAACUACCAGCAAAUCCUGGCCUUGGCAUUUGCAGUAAAGGAGAUUAAUGGAAAUCCUCAGCUCUUACCCAAUGUCACCUUGGGCUUUCACAUCUAUGACAGUUACUUCAAUGCCAAAUGGACAUAUCAUGCCACAAUGCUACUGAUAUCUUCCCUUGAGAGAUUUGUCCCCAACUAUGAAUGUGACAGCCAGAAUAAGCUAACAGCCAUCAUUGGAGCACUGGACUCCCAAAUCUCCCUUUAUGUGGCCACGGUCUUGGAUAUCUUCAAGAUUCCACAGCUCAUCUAUGGCUCUCCUCCAGUCAUGCACGAUAAAAUCCCUGGUCUUCCUUUCUACCAGAUGGCCCCUAAGGAAGCCCUUCAGUAUGCAGGGAUUCUCUCUUUGCUUCUGCAUUUCAGAUGGAUCUGGAUCGGAGUCAUAAUUAUGGAUAAUGAUGAUACUGGAGAAAGAUUUCUGCAAAUGGUGCUACCAGAGUUCUCCAGGAGUGGUGUCUGCUUUGCCUUCAUAGAAAGAAGCCCCAAACUCACUUUUGCUUCUGAAAUUAAGGAAGUGUUGCAGCAGGGGGCAAAAAUACAUGAUAAAAUAAUGGAAGGCAAAGCCAAUGUAAUUCUUGUCAAUGGAGAAUCAUAUACUACGAUGUUUAUGAGAUGGUUGCCUUAUCUGUCAGAACAGGAACACAUGGCAAAUGAAGCAAAAGGGCAAGUGUGGAUAAUGACAGCCCAGAUGGAGCUCACUUCAGUGGUCUAUCAAAGGACAUGGGAUAUAGACAUGUUCCAUGGUGCUCUGUCCUUCACAAUUCAUUCCAACGACCCACCAGGUUUUCACCAGUUUGUUGAGAGCAGGAACCCUUCCAGCACUCAAGGAGAUGGUUUCAUCAGGGACUUUUGGCAACAUGCAUUCAGUUGUGUAUUCCCCAGUAUAGUUCUGGGCAAGGUGGAAGGGGAUAUCUGCUCUGGGGAGGAGAAGCUGGAGAAUCUACCUGGACCUUUCUUUGAAAUGAGGAUGACUGGGCACAGCUACAAUGUAUACAAUGCUGUCUAUACUGUAGCUCAUGCAUUACAGGCCCUGUCAUUAUCAAGACUAAAACAGAGAACAGGGGUGCAUCGAGAGGGGCUAUGGUUUCAGAAAAAAGAAUUCUGGCAGCUCCAUCAUUUUCUGAGACAUAUCUCAUUUAACAACAGUGUGGGGGACAGAGUUUCUUUUGACAAGGAUGGGGAGCUAGUUGCUGGAUUUGAUGUUAUCAAUUGGAUUUUUUCUUCAAACCAGUCCCUUCUUAGAGUGAAAGUUGGGUGGAUGGAUCCGCAGGCUCCUCCAAACCAAGCAUUCAUAAUAAAUGAAGAUGCCAUAACAUGGCACAGAUGGUUUAACCAGGUACAACCACAUUCUGCAUGUAGCAAGACUUGCUAUCCAGGUUCCAGAAGGCAAAUGAAGGAGGGGAGACCAUUUUGCUGCUACAAAUGCAUCCCAUGUCCAGAAGGAAAGAUUUCAAGCCAGAAGGACCUGAAUGACUGUUCUGAAUGUGAAGAUGGAAACUAUCCAAACAAAGAACAUGACGUGUGUAUUCCCAAGGCUGUGUCCUUCUUAUCUUAUGAAGAAACUUUGGGGAUCAGUUUAGCCUGUAUUGCGGUUUCCUUUUCUUUGAUCACAGCUUUGGUGCUAGGAAUAUUUUUGAAGCACCACGAUACUCCUCUUGUUAAAGCCAACAACUGCAACCUCACCUACACUCUCCUCAUCUCCCUCCUCCUCUGCUUUCUCUGUGCAUUGCUGUUCAUUGGCCAGCCUUGGAAGGUGACGUGUCUCCUCCGACAAACAGUUUUUGGCAUCAUUUUUUCAGUGGCUGUUUCUUGUGUGCUGGCAAAAACUACCACAGUGGUUCUGGCAUUCCUGGCCACCAAGCCAGGGUCCAAGAUGAGGAACUGGGUGGGGAGGAGACUGGCCACCUCCAUUGUCCUUUCCUGUUCUCUUCUACAAGUAGGCAUCUGUACUGUGUGGUUGGCAACCUCUCCUCCAUUUCCAGGUGCUGACAAGCACUCAAUGGCUGAAGAAAUCAUCCUGGAAUGUAAGGAGGGAUCAGCUGUCAUGUUUUACUGUGUCUUGAGCUAUAUGGGUUUCCUUGCAAUUGUCAGUUUCACUGUGGCUUUCUUUUCCAGGAAGUUACCUGACAGUUUCAAUGAAGCCAAAUUCAUCACUUUCAGUAUGUUGGUCUUUUGCAGUGUUUGGUUUUCUUUCAUUCCAACCUACUUGAGCUCCAAGGGGAAAUACAUGGUCGCUGUGGAGGUCUUUUCUAUCUUAGCCUCCAGUGUGGGAUUGCUGGGUUGUGUCUUUGCUCCCAAAUGUUACAUUAUUGUCUUGAGGCCUGAGUUGAAUAAUAAGGAACACCUAAUUAGAAGAAGAAAGUGA